CGGCUCGGGCGGAAACACGAGCUGUGCAAAGCUGGUAGAAUGUGCGUGAAGCCAUCCGCAGAACUUGCUGAUACACAUGUAGGAUGGCAAGAGGGAACACAAUUGCUACGUUACAAAAAGUAAAAAGAAGAAGAAUCCUUAAGAAGCGUUUUUAUGGACCUCAAAAAUAUUAACAUUCAAAUGACCCAGAAGAACUUAUGGAUGGGACGUUAGAUGAAAAUACUAAAAUUAUCCCCCAAAACACUUGUAAAAUAGACUUUAUUGAAGAUCCAGAUUUAUUUAGUUACAACAAUUUUUUUCAGAAUUAUUUGGUCACAAACAAUCCAUGUCUUUUCUCGGCUAAGUUCACGGAGAACUGGGGGAGUCGGACGGAUUGGGUCACAGAUAGUAACAGUCCAAAUUGGGAUCACCUUCUCCAGAAUUUUGGUGAUGCGAUCGUUCCUGUGGCAAACUGUGAUGUUAAAGAAUAUAACUCCAAUCCCAAAGAACAGAUCCCACUUCGGGAAUACAUCGCUUACUGGAGAAAUUAUAUAAAAAACAACUACCUGUCUGCCAAUGGAUGUCUUUACCUGAAGGAUUGGCACAUGCACAGAGCUUUCCCCAACCAAGAUGCUUACAGAACCCCGCAGUAUUUUUCUUCUGACUGGUUGAAUGAAUAUUGGGAUGCAAUUGCUGGAGACGAUUAUCGCUUUGUCUAUAUGGGACCCACUGGCUCCUGGACACCUUUCCAUGCUGACGUGUUUCGCUCAUACAGCUGGUCCGCCAAUAUCUGUGGGCGGAAGAAAUGGUUGCUGUUCCCACCUGGCCAGGAGGACUCUCUCAGAGAUCAUCGUGGGAACCUCCCAUACGACGUGACGUCACCUGUGCUUCAAGACCAGAGUCUGUAUCCCAAGUCGCACAUGUGUUGCCCACCCAUCGAGGUCGUACAGGAAGCUGGACAGGUGAUUUUUAUCCCAAGUGGUUGGCACCAUCAGGUGUACAACUUGGCAGACACAAUCUCCAUUAACCACAACUGGGUGAAUGGCUGCAACGUGUCUGUCAUGUGGCGGUUCCUUCGCGAUGAGUUGGGGGCGGUUCACCAGGAGAUUGGGGAAUGGAAGGAGACAAUGGAUAACUGGCACGAUCAUUGCCAGGUUAUUAUGAAAUCAUGCACUGGAAUUGAUUACAAGGAAUUUUAUAUUUUCCUCAAGAUAAUAGCAGAAAAUCGAAUUUAUGACUUGGAGAAUUCAGAGUUUGACUCAGCCUGUGAAAAACUCUCCAAUGGAUCCUUCGUGAUGUCCCCUGGACCCCAACACGCAAUGUUUGAUAUCACGAAAAUUAUAGAAAUGUUAACAUUCGUUAUGUGUAAUGAAGACUUUCAAAAACUUGAGCAAGACUCUCUGUCACCCCCUCCUGAUGAAUUGAUGCGAUGCCUGAAGUCUGCUAUAGCAAAACACUCCUUAGACACCAAUAAAAGCAGCCCAGAAAUAUGAAAGGAAUCGGUCAAAACGGAGGAAUAAAAUACAUCGUACAUUUUAA